AUGGGAAGCGACCAUCAUCAGCAGUACCAUCACAAUCACCAUGAGCAAGAAGAGGAAGAAGAAGAAGAAGAAGAAGAAGAGGAGGAAGAUGAUGGUGUUGGUGGUGGUGGUGGUGGUGGAGACAACAGCAACAGUACAAGUAGCUCCGUUGAAGAGAUCGGCGGCGAAGAAAGCAACAAGGGUGGCGGCGGUGGAUCUGUGAGGAAGUAUAACCGGUCGAAGAUGCCACGGCUCCGGUGGACACCCGAUCUCCAUCUUUGCUUCCUUCAUGCUGUUGAAAGGCUCGGUGGCCAAGACAGAGCAACGCCGAAGUUGGUCCUUCAGUUGAUGAACAUCAAAGGACUCAGCAUAGCUCAUGUCAAAAGCCAUCUUCAGAUGUUCAGAAGCAAGAAGCUUGACGAUCCAAAUCAAGGGCAUCAUCAAGGACUUUUAUUUCAAGGAAGGGUUCAUCAACACCAUGUCUACAACCUAAGCCAGCUCCCUAUGAUUCAAAGCUUCACCCAAAGGCCUCCCUCAACUGGUUUCAGAUACGGAGAUGGCGUUUCUUGGAGAGGGAACCAGAUGUACGGCACAAGCUACAGCUCCUCAUUACUCAAUAGAGCCAAACAUGGUGGCCUUUAUGGAAACUACAACACUAGUACUACUACUACUCUCCCUUAUAAUUCUUCCCUCAGAGUCAGAGGGAUACUACCCUCCCAAAUAACCACUCCCAUCAAAACUCACACCAACCACCAAGCUCUCGAGGCAGCCAGCAAUAAGCUCUUGUUCACCAAACCGACAACCAGCACCAUCGACUCCACUAAAACCUUCCACGAAUCCCGGUCGAGCAUCAGCAACGUUCAUGGCGCUCUCAAAAGGAAGCCUACGUGGGAUCCAUCUCAUGGUCAUGAUUCCAACAAGAGCUGCUUAGACUUGGAUCUGUCCCUCACAGUGAAAGCUGCAGCGAAAACGGUUGAGGAUCAUGAUGAUGAUGUUGUUGAUGAGAGCAGCUUGUCUCUUUCUCUGUCCUCGUCUUCGUCCUCGAAGCCGCCGCCAGCGGGUGGAUCGAAGGAGAUGGAGAUGGUAAUGGAGUUUAACAAGUACUACCGUGGUGGACUGUUUAUUAGGAGUCGUGAGGAAGAUUAUGAUAAGUACUGUAGCUAUGGUGGUGUUAAUAAGCGUGCCUGCAGGGUGAUGGCAAGUACUCUAGAUCUGACUUUGUGAAUGAUGAGGACACGGUAGUAGUCAGUCAUUCUGAGUGAGAUCUUGAGGUACUUGCUUUUUUUUCUUCCCUGGAGCCAGCUGCAUUGAGUUGUUAUUGUUUGUGUGUCACAUCUUGUACCAAGACUGCCCAAAAAGGAAAGAAGUGAAAAUGAAAGAAGGUAUUUUACAUAAGUUACCAC